AUGGUGCAAUGUUUCCAAUACGCCGACAACGGAAUUUUCCUCAAGUAUAUGCGAGAUGAGUCCCUUUGGUCUCGGAUACAAAGUAAUCAUGCCCGAGACGAGCAUACCAUGAUAGUCACUAAAGUAGAAAGAUUGGAACCUCUAGCCCUGCGAAAGGAAUGGAUGAACGAUUUUGCUCAAGCCGUUGCUUUUCUUCAAUCUCUUAAUCUCGCUUAUAGCGAUCUACGACCCGAGAAUAUCUUACUUGAUCGUAACCGAUUAAAACUGUCUGAUUUUGAUUGUACUGGAGAAAUCGGGACCGAUUUCGAAGCUUGUAUGGCUCCAUAUGGAAGGGUCCUCGGUGAUAGCAAGCCAGAGGAAGGACGACGUGGAAGUUCCGGCCUUUUGGAUCCUCGAACGGAACAAUUCGCCCUUAGUUCCUUCUAUUAUUUAAUCAACUACGGCGUGGAAGUCUAUGGGGAUCAAUGUCUCACUGAAGAUCCCAAGGAGCAUGGUACCAAGGUUGUGGAAUUACUACAGAACAUGGAUUUUCCCAAGCCGAACAGUGACCCGCUAAUUGACGAAAUUAUUGACAAGUGCUGGCACAACAAGUACAAGACGAUCGCGGACUUGGCUUUGAAUAUUGAGAUGCUAAUAUCGGGCUGUCCGGACGCCAGAGGCAAGCCAACAAACUCCAACAACAGCGAACCACAGGGCUACGGUCGUGGUGUACAUCCAGACAACUUAACAGAGGAUUUCGUAUGGAAACGAGCUCUGUGUCAGAAUCUGCAGCGUCGCGGGCUUCUCCAACUCCUAUCUUCGGGAGAGCCUGAGCAUCUGGGAUUCACUCUCGGAUGGUAUCGGCACACUGCGUGCGGAGGAGAUACGUGA